GGCAGCAUGACGUCACACCGGAAAUACGUGUUUCGGCUUCCACACGCGUCUCUGUCGGCAGCUGGGACGUUUGCGCUUUACUAAGUGUGUUUUAAGUUGAACGCAACGUCCCCAUCUUGAUUCGACAUGUCGGGUGAAUCGGAAUUAAAAAUUAACACCAAGUUCGCGCAGAGAUAUGACAAAUACCGUCAGAGGGAAGAGUUACAAAGGCUGAAGGACCGAUACGGAGACCGAGCUGAUGACAGUGACUCGGAGUCGUCUGAGUCCGGUUCGGAUGACAGUGAAGUGGAGUUGGACCCGGAAGUCGAACGGGAUUUUUAUAGAACUCUGUCCAUGCUCAAGAAGAAAGACCCGAAGAUCUACCAGCAGGAUGCGAAGUUCUACUCAGAAGGUGCGUCCACAGGCAACGAGCAGCCCUCGACCUCGCAGAAAGCAGCCGAGCCCAUGUUCCUCAAGGAUUAUGAGCGAAAAGUCAUUCUAGAAAGAGACGGAAAAUUUGAGGAUGACGACAGUGAGGACGAGGAGGCUGACAAGAGAAUGGAGAGAGCAGCCUCUCCAGGCUACAUCCAGGAGCAGAAGGAGCUGAGAGAAAGCCUCCGUAAGUUCACCCAAGACAGUGAUGAUGAUGAUGACGACAACGGUGAGGAAGCUGGAGGAUCCCAGCUGCUGACCAGGAGGCUCAAAACGCAGGACGAGAAGGAUAAAGAAGAGUCCGAUUACAUGGAGUGGCUGAAAGGUCAGGUCGAGCUGGAGGCUCCCGAGGAGGUGAAGGACAUGAAAUACUUAAGAGACUACUGGAAUGACCCACGGCUGGAUGAGAAGGAGCGAUUCCUCAGAGAUUAUGUCCUGAACAAAGGUUACCUCGACGAAGAUGAAGACGAUGAACGGAUCCCAACGUACGAUGAGAUCGUCCAUGGUGUCGUGGAUGAUUCGGAAGAAGACGGGGAGGAUUUCUUACGGCGGCAGGAGGACUUUGAGAGGAGCUACAACUUCCGCUUCGAGGAGCCCGACGCUGAACAAGUCAAAACCUUCCCCCGCAACAUCGCCACAUCGGUGCGCGCCAAAGACCAGAGCAGGAAACGCAAGAGGGAAGAAGUGAAAGAAAGGAAGCAAAAGGAGAAGGAGCAGAAGCAUGAGCAGCUGAAGCAGCUGAAGAACCUGAAGAGAAGCGAGAUCAUGGAGAAGCUGAAGAAGCUGCAGGAGCUGACGGGAAACGAGCAGCUCGCCUUCAGUCGGGUCGACCUAGAAGGAGACUUCGACCCACAGCAACAUGAGCAGCUUAUGCAGAGGUUCUUUGGAGAUGAGUAUUAUGGAGAAGCCGAAGAUGAGAAGCCCCAGUUUGACGAUGACGAUGAACUGGAGGAGCAUUGGAACUGGGACACGUGGACAGGGGAGGGACGCGACACGGAGGAAGACGGAUACGAUGCCUCUGAACCGCACUGCGAAGACCAAGACUUCAUUAUGGAUGCCGACUACGACCCCAGCCUGCACACUUCCAAGAAGAAGAAGAAAAAGGAGAGGAUGAAGAUGAAGAAGGACGAUUUGCCACAAAUGGGCAAAAAGAAAAAGAAGUCGCACUUUGCUGAGGUCAUCACCAAACACAAGCCCGUGUUUGACCCUCAGGAGAAGAGCUUUGAGCAGUACUUGGACGAGUACUACAAGCUGGACUAUGAGGACGUCAUCGACGACCUCCCCUGCAGGUUCCGCUACAGGCAGGUGCAGCCCAACGACUUCGGCCUGACCACAGACGAGAUUUUAAAGGCUGAUGACAAAGAGCUAAACAAAUGGUGCUCUCUGAAGAAGACCUGCAUGUUCAGGUCUGACAAGGAAGAAUUGAUUGAUUUAAGGAACUAUAAACACAAGGCCCAGAAUGAGAAGAAGAAGAAAAAGGUCCUGAGCUCUGUGUAUUCAGGAGAAGACCAAGAACUGGCGGAGGCUAAGACCCAGGUGAGAGAGAAGCGAGGAGAUCGUCUGAAGAACGCUGAGAAUCAAGACUCAGGAGCAGAGCAUGAAGGUGCCGCCUCGGUUCUGAACUGUGCCCAGGCUCUCCGACAGGAAGAAGCAACAGAUGAGGAUGAGGAGAUUCUGAUACCUAAGAAGAAAAAGAAGCAGAACCAGGAUGAGGAAACGCAGGUCACAGCUCAGGCAGUGGGAGAGAAAGCAGAUGCAUCAGAACACAGGACUGAGAGGCCCAAGUGGUCCAACAAGCAGCACAGGCCUUCAGGGCGGCGCCUCCAGGCUCGAAGCAUCAGGGUGAAGAUAGGCGGCCGAGAGUUCAGUGGUCAGACCCUAAAGGCCUACGGUCUGAACGCCAAGAAGCUGUACUUCAGACAGCAGGGCAGUCGCAAGCGAAAACCACAGGAGAAGAAAGGGAGGCCGAAAAUCCCCAAGUGAUGACAACAGCCAACGGUGGAACCAUGACAGUUUAAUGGUCUGACCGCUAAAUAUAUGGUAAAAGAUUAGAUCACGUUACUGUUGUUAAACAAGAAGCAGACUGAUGCAGGAUAGUGAACCGAACGGUGAAAUGAGGGAGUGACUCAGGAACGGAACCAGUUCUCAACCAGUAAACGGCUGCAUGAGUAGUUUUAAUGGUUUCUGGCAGGUUUAUGUUAAGAAAGAUCAUCUUUUGUCCUUGUGGUAUUAAUUUUUUUGAUUAUAGGCACUAAUGUAAAUGUGUUGCCUGAGUCGCUGAAUCAGCUGAAAACUAAAUAUUGGAACCAGGUGAAUGAACAGAACAUUUCACUGAGACUGAGGUCAGGUGGAAAACGUGAAGAUAUUCAGUAUUUGAUCAGAUCUUGAGCAAUGCAAUGAAUGAUUGAUGUUUUGGUAAGAAAAAUAGCAAUAAAAACAUGUUUACAUGCUAUUCUUAUACAAAACCGCAUAUAAUUAAAAGAAUUUCUAAUGUG